AUGCAUGGAAGACGUCGGCCGGCCAUGACCGCCAAACUGGCUGGUCAUCACGGAAUUGAGCUAAUCGCCAAGCCAACUACUUGUGGGGCUGAGUGCAUCGGCACCAACCAGUCUCCAACCAGUCUCUGGGGGCACGACCCGGCGUCAGCGGACUCUGGGUCUGGUCAGCCAGGGUUGCCUGUGUUGAUUACCCCGGCCUGUUCCAAUACUUCCAGGGAGGACCAAACGAGCUGCCGUUUGACAGAGAGCGCACAGUGCAGAUGUCUUGACGAAAGGGAAGAUUGCUCCGGGCAGAGCAAGCCGAGCUUGACUAGCCGAGAUCCUGCGACAGAUGUCAAUACAUCUGAGGUAAUGGAUCUGCUCUCGCCAGAUCCGUGA